AUGAAAUUCUCCGUUUGCGUUUUAUUCCUCAUUUUCGCUGUAGCCGGUACUUGGGCAGCGACGUGUACCAACUGCCCCGAUUCAGUAGCCUCAGUUUUGGAUCUAGUGCGCAAACUCCAAGAAACGCUCCAGCCGAUUUUGGACAAGCUUCCCCUCGGCCUCGGCCGCAUUGUUAACGAGCUACUCAAUCUAAUCGUCAAUCUACUGGGCGCUCUAACGAACGGCUUAUCCGGAGGAUUGGAGGACGUGUUGAAGAGACUCGGGGACACUUUGAGCCAAGCCCUGGGAAGCGGAACCUCCCCAUUAGGUAUUUAG